AAGCAACGGGAGGAGGAAGAAAAUUAAGUACAGAAAAUCUUGCAUAUAUAUAAUAUAUAUAUAUUUUUUUUGGUAAGAAACUUGCAUAUUAGGACAUAGGAGUUACUGGAGGAGGUGUGGUUUUAGCCAAAGCAAAAUAAAAAAAGCUACUGAUUCUCAUGCACACGCGUCUUUAUAUUCACGGGACAACUCCUCCAAUUAACAAAAGAAGGUUUCUCUUUUAUAUAUUUUUUUUCUCUCACAGUCACUGUGCUUCUCGCAUUCUUUUUUUUUUUUUUCCUGUCUUUCCUCUGCAAUUCCAUGCUUAUUUUUCAGCACGGUUGAUGGAGAAACUGAAAUAGUAGGGUUUCAAAAUAAAAAAGCUUAGAAAAAUGGUAAACCCAUUGAAGAAAAAGAAGGAUAGAAAGAAAAAAAACUGAUCACCCCACUCUUCAGAAUUCACUAGUCCUUUCGUUUUCUUUUUCGGCCUUGUUAGGUACUAAAUUUGUAUUUGUUUUUUCUUUUAUGUGAAGGUUUUUUGUCUAUAUCUAUUGAAUCUUUUGUUAUAGAAAAAACCAAACUACAUUGAAAUGAGAUAAAAGGAGGUGAAAAAAAAAGAAAAGGAAGAAGCGAAAGCAAAGCCAAAAAAGAAAGCUUUAAUACAGAAAACAAAAAUACAAAACCUUCUAUCUUCUGAUUCAUUACACGUCUGGUCUCUUUGAUGAUGACCCGGGAGGGUCUCUAUGCAUGUCUGUUCUGAAGUCUUCACCAGAGAUUCUUGCUAAGAAUUUGAGGUAGCAGUAGCCGAGAAUCAAGGGAGAUAAAAGUGAAGCAUUUAUUCUUCCUCUUUGUUUUUACUUUUUUUUUUUUUCCUUUUUAUGGUUUUGUAGUUCACUGAUCAGACAUGGAGGCCACAGAGUUCUAGCAGAGAGAGAGAGAGAGAGACAGAGAGAGAGAGAGAGAGAGGGGUUUCAUGGGGCCUUUGGUUUUGUUUUCUGGUUUCUGGAUUUUGUAAAGGUAGUGGUUUUGACUUUGUUGAUGAUUUGCCCUUGUUUUCCUCAUUCUCUAAUAGUAACCUCAAAAAAGGAGAAAAAGAAAAUCCUUUUUUUCUAUCUUUAAAACUCAAAGUUGCCUUCAAAGGUUAAUUCUUUCAAUCAACAGCAGUUUCUGGGUAAAAAUCCAAUCUUUGCAGUUAAACAAUAAUACCUAUUUUGAGACUGAUGGACUAAAAGAGAUCAAGAGCAAGAAUCUGCAAGUAAAGGUUUAGAUUUUAAUAAUGGCAGACUGUGACACUACUCUUCAAUCUCCCUCAGACAACAAGGAGCAGAAGAAGCCCAUUUCAUUUCCUAGGUUGUUUACUGGUUUUACUUUAAAAGCCUUUUCUGAUAAUACUGAGGCUGUUAUGAGUCCAACUUCUAUACUUGAUAGCAAGCCCUUAUCAGCUUUCAAAAACCCCUGGUGGUCAGAAUCAAGGACCCCCAAAACCCCAGAACCAGAAACUAGACACAAACUUGACUCUAAAGGGAUUAGUCUUGGCAUUUUUGAUGCUCUCAGAGAUGAUGAUUUAGAUUCCAACUUGUCAAAACCUGUCCUGUUUGGUUCACAACUUAGGAUCCAAAUUCCAUCUCUGCCUCCUAUUUUUGCUGCAGCAGAAUCUCCUAGAACACCUCCUGAGUUUGGUCUCAAGACAAGGAGUUCUCAGUUGAGUUCAUUUUCUUCUGGCUUGUCUCCUUCUCCUGUGAGGAAAAACAUUGAGACCUUGAAUUCUCCUAGGGUCAUCCCUGGGAGCCUCUCAGCGACUGAGAUGGAACUCUCAGAAGAUUAUACAUGCGUAAUAUCUCAUGGGCCUAAUCCGAGAACCACCCAUAUUUUUGAUAAUUGCAUUGUUGAGAGCUGUUGUGGGGUUGUUGGCUUCUCUUCUUCCAAAAGGGGGAAUGGAUUUUUGAGUGAUAGAUCAAGUUACCAAUCAGAGAGUUUUCUCAGCUUCUGUUGCACUUGCAAGAAGAAUCUUGGUCAGGGAAAAGACAUCUACAUGUACAGAGGGGAGAAAGCAUUUUGUAGCAGAGAAUGCCGAUACCAAGAGAUGAUGCUCGAGGAAGGAAUAGACCAUCAACAGGUCGAAGGAGUAACAGGCUGUGAUAUUUGUAGAAUUCAUUUUCUUGCUAGUGAUAAUGGGGUGAUUGCUGUUGGGUUUUUUGUCCACAGUGUUUGGUUGUCAAAGUUGGUGGCAAAUGGCUAUGAUCAUCAUUCUGAUUUGUGACUUAAAGCAUAUACGAUAUAUUAUCUUUGCUUAUAUAAUCAUCUUUUGAUUAGGCACUAAGAGCCAAUUACUUCAAUCGAAGUAGAUUCUUUUCUUUUCUUUCUUUUUCUCCUGCUCAUAUUCAUUAUUCUUUUUUUUUCUGUGUUAUUUUUAUACAACCCUG